AUGACCACAGCUAGCCCAGGCCCAAAGCCACAUGGAGGGCAGAUUUGGGGUGGAAUUGCAGAGAACCGGGAAGCAGGCCCAUGGAUCAAGCAUGAAUUUUCUGGCACCCCUGACCCAGAGCCUAUACUCGCAUCGGUUCCAACCGUUGAGCCCCAGAACCGCAAAUAUAAAAUCGUUGCCGAGUCUUCCGACAAACCAGGGCCGAUAAUUGAGAAGCAGCGUGUUCGUAUUGUCAAACACCCAAAAUUUCGAGAUACGUUAGAGGGCAAGAAUAACCCCGCAAUAAAGAAGGAGUCUUCAGAUGGGCCUAGUCAUGAUAACGAGACUUUGCCUGCCGACAAGCCGUUAGACGACUUCCGCCAAAAUCUCACUAGAAAUACGGGAGCACCUGGCAACUCCCAACUCCAAGUGGGGGGAAGUUUGGCAACUGACACAACAAACACCUCAGCGGACAACUCGUGUGGGAGGAACAAGCGACGUUCAUGUCAAGAUGAGUUACGGAGGGACACCUUUGAUGCCCGCCUUCAAGGUGCUUGCGUUAGAUGUCAUCAACAACGCAUUCGAUGUGUACCCAAUCCGGACGAUAUCAGUUUGCCCUGUUCAACUUGUCUGGCGGUCAAGCGAAAUUCGAAAAAAACGAUUCAUGAUAUUGUUUGCAUUCGCUUUAGGCUGCGGUUAUUGGACCUAUUUCGCCACGGUGGCGUACAUGUCACUGAACGCUUCCUGUACACCGACAUGAAGAACGUCGAUAUUCAAACUGGGUCACAUAUAACCAUCUCUAUGAGUCAGGGUCUUUGCAAAAAGCCGAUGAAGCUCAGACUUCGAGAGUUCAUUCCAAAUGAAGGCGACAUACUCUACCGGAAAUAUAUUGACAACGGGGUUUGGAAAAAGCACCACACCCAACCGUUUUGGCUCAGCAACAUAACCCAAACUGCAGUUGAAUUCGAGGUGUACAUCAAGGAAAAUGCAUUGGAUGGGCUUCUCGAGGUUAGCAAGGAUUUGGACUGGAUUGUCAAAGAGACAUUCACCAUGAUCCACAGACUGUGCUCGCACCCGGUAAGUCCACCUGAGAGCGGAAACCCGACCUCGGUGGGCGACGAGCAGUCGAGAAACGCACAGCACGCCUUCCUGCUGCAAACUGUUCAUCUCUGGUUUACGAUGCGACACGGAACGGGUUCAGCCUGGAUCGCAAGCGAAGAAAAAUUGGGAAUAUCACCAAUGCCCGAGACUAGCUCCACUGUCGUCCUCAGGGGCAAAACGCCUAUCCCCCGCAUGCUCGUCGCUCAGUUUGACUGCAUUCGCCACGGGCACUUGUUGAAGGCAAUGGCGCCGAAGUUCUUGCGUAUAUACGAGGCCUUAGCCUCGGAAUCUAGUUCAGACUCAUGGUUCACGGUCUACUUGGCGACUUUUCUAAUUAUUCACGAGGUGUCUUGGGCGUCAUCGGAUCGCCUGCGGUACGCAAGAGAGAAUUCCGAUGGGUUACGCCAGGAGACCCGAUAUGGGCCUAUAAACAGUCCACUAACUGAAUACGUUGAGAGAAUGCAGCACGACGGAGUCAUGUUUCUGGGCCACUGGCGCUAUUUCAAGCGUCUCAAUGUCUGGGACGCCGACUGGGAUAACCCGGACAAGACCGUUUUGGAGCAGCUACGGCCAGGCCAGUUGAAAUUCAUGAAGGCUACGGUCGAGCAUUUGAAAAAAAGGAUGGGGACGUUUCCAGAAACUCCGAGCGCCGGCUGCUGGGAGAACGAGCUCUUCUGGGUGUCUCGUUUGCUUACGCCAGUUCCGCCAGAAGACGACCUGUGGACCCCUCCAGUAAUCUUUGACAGGACGAGGCCGGAAGUGGGUAGAGAACAUUGA